CGAACGAGGGAAAAAGGAAGAGAUGACAAGUGACGUGUCGGUGCAGAAAAUGAUGUUGCAACAGUAACAGAGAGAGAAGGAGGGAGCAGCUUGCUCUUAUAAGGUUGUGCGACCUCGAACUCUUAAAAGCCGGUCCCAACAAGACACCCACACAUUUUUACUCUCUCUCUUCCCCUCUCUCCCCCUCGCUCCUAGAGCUAUCCUGUGUAUAUACGUAAGGUUCAGAAGGGGAAAGAGGAGUUUUUUGUGGGUUCUUUUCAAAUCUUUCCGAUCUUGGGAAGUUGGAUAGGGGGGAGGGAGAGAGAAAGAGUGAGAGAGAGAGAGAGAGAGAGAGAGGAGGAGGUCUGGCCGGGUUAAAGACGAUAGCGGUGAGAAUCGCCGGCGGUGGUCGUGGUGGUGGUGGCGGCGGCGGCGGAGGAGGAGGAGGGAGGAGGAGGAAGAAGAUCAGGAGAUCGGCGAAGAAGAAGGUGAGGAAGGUGGGUGACAAGUUGAUGGAGUGGUGGCGCAAGAUGAUCUUCCCCGUCCGACGAGUCUGGUUCUCCGUCUCCGCCCGCCUCAAGGCUCGCAACCACGGUGCUGGACAUAUGAAGCUAGAGGACGAUGUGCAGACCUGCGAAUACCAGGACGUGCAGGUGAUGUGGGAGAUGCUGAAGAGGUCGGAAACGGAGCUGGUGGCCAACCAUCCCAAGCGCAAGGCGCACCGGCCUUUCUGGAGGGUUCUCGUGUGGUCGAACCACAGCGCGCCUGCAUCCCUAGCCGCCGCUGACCAUGCUUGAUAAGAGAGACUUCAAAUGGGCGUGCCUCGCUGGGAUUCCGUGACUCAUUAGUAAUACUAUGCUACAACUAUAAAAAAAGAAGAAAAGAAAAAAAAAAAUUCGCCCCAUAAAAUCGGGUGACCAUUGCAGUGGCAUGGUAUAGAGAGCUAUUGCAAGUGUGUCGAGGAAAAAUGAGAGAGAACUACAGACGAUGUAAUCGAAUACAGGUCUUUUACUGUUGCGUAAAAAUAGCGACGCCAAACGACCGAGUCAUGUACAUACGUUUUUGCUUUUGUCACAUACCCGUUGUAGAACAUGCGACUUCCCACCUUAAAGUUUUUGCA